AUGGCCAAAACCACACAGGAGUUUGAGCAGCCUAGCAUCCCAGGAAACAUCCUUCAUCAAGUUAGAGACGCCCCGGUCAAAAAGCCAGAUGAUCAUAAACAAGCGAAAGAGUCGUUGAUCAAGGUCGAGAAGCAUGACCCUGAUUUGAUACCUGGUCUUCAAGACAAGAAGGCAGCUAUUAGUGACGAUCAGAAACCAUCCUCCGAGGAUAUUGAUAUACACUUGAAACCCAAAAUUGAUCCAACUAAACCAUCGAUCACGGUUGAGAAUGGUGGCUCUGAUUUGAUACAUGGUCUUCAAGAUCAAAAGGCAGCCACUGAACUCAACCAGAAACCAUCCUCCAAAGAUAUUGAGAUGCCGUUGGCCCCUGGUAUUGACCUAGUAGAGCCGCCAACCAAGGUUGAAAAGGCUGGUCCUGAUUUGGCAGUUAGCAUUAGUGAACGGAAGGUCAUUACUAGUAUUAAACAAGACCCAUCUUGCGAGGACACUAAGAUGCCCCUGGCGUACCAGAAUCUAUCCGGGGAAUUUGCACAGUUGGACCGGGAGAAGGCAGAUAGAGUCAAGUUGAGCCAACGAGAAUAUCGACAGAAAAACGCAGAGACACGACGAGAAUACUACCGAAACAACGCAGACAGUAUAAGGGUGAGCCAACGAGGAUAUCGAAAGAAGAACGCAGACCGAAUGAAGGCAAGAGAUCGAAAAUACCGGCAGAAGAACGCAGAGAAGAUCAAGUCGAGAAGACAAGAACGGAAGCGUGAGAUAAAAGAAAGUCUGCCAGUACCAAAAUAA